GACUUGCAGCCGCAGAGGCAGGUCGGACAGGAGGGUCGGCGGUUGUAAACCCAUGUGGCGGGGGUUGUGGACCCUGGCUGCCCGAGCGGCACGUGGGCCUCGCAGACUGUGCCGGCGCCAGGGCAGCGGCGCUCCGGCUCUCAGCUCCGGGGCUACCAUCUUCGCGUUGAGCUCUGGCCAAGGCCGUUGCGGCAUCGCGGUGAUCAGGACCAGCGGCCCUGCCAGCGGCUACGCCCUCCGGAUCCUCACAGCGCCCCGGGACCUGCCCGCAGCCCGCAAAGCCAGCCUGCGCCUGCUCAGCGACCCCCGUUCCGGGGAGCCUCUGGACCGCGCGCUCGUGCUCUGGUUCCCAGGUCCCCGAAGUUUCACGGGUGAGGACUGCGUGGAGUUCCACGUGCAUGGAGGCCCGGCCGUGGUGAGCGGCAUCCUGCAGGCCCUGGGCAGUGUGCCAGGGCUGCGGCCGGCAGAAGCAGGAGAGUUCACCAGGCGAGCAUUCGCCCAUGGGAAGCUGAACCUGACCGAGGUGGAGGGGUUGGCUGAUCUAAUCCACGCAGAAACCGAGGCACAACGGCGGCAGGCCCUGAGGCAGCUGGACGGGGAGCUGGGCCACCUCUGCCGCAGCUGGGCCGGGACCCUCACCAAGGCUCUGGCCCACGUGGAGGCCUAUAUCGAUUUCGGUGAGGAUGACGACCUGGAGGAGGGUGUCCUGGAGCAAGCGGACGUCGAAGUUCGGGCGCUGGAGGUGGCACUAGGUGCUCAUCUACGGGAUGCCAGGCGUGGGCAGAGGCUGCGCUCAGGGGCGCACGUUGUGGUCACUGGACCCCCCAACGCAGGCAAGAGCAGCCUGGUGAACUUGCUCAGCCGGAAGCCUGUGUCCAUCGUGUCCCCGGAGCCAGGGACCACUCGAGAUGUGCUGGAGACCCCCGUGGAUCUGGCUGGGUUCCCUGUGCUGCUGAGCGACACGGCGGGUUUGCGGGAGGGCACAGGGCCCGUGGAGCAGGAAGGCGUCCGGCGGGCCUGGGAGAGGCUGGAGCAGGCUGAUGUCAUUGUGGCCAUGCUGGACGCCUCUGACCUGGCCUCUCCCUCCAGCCGCAACUUCCUGGACACAGUUGUAGCCCCCAUGGGAUCCCAGAGCCCCAGUGAGAGCAACCAGCGCCUUGUGCUGGUGCUGAACAAGUCGGACUUGCUGCCCCCUGAGGGCCCAGGCCCCGGUCCUGACCUGCCCCCCAACCUGCUGCUGUCGUGCCUGACCGGAGAGGGGCUCCACGAUCUCCUGGAGGCCCUGAGGAAGGAGCUGGCUGCAGUGUGUGGGGACCCAUCCACAGGCUCACCACUCCUGACACGCGCAAGGCACCAACAUCACCUCAAAGGUUGCCUGGAUGCCCUCAGCCACUACAAGCAGUCGAAAGACCUGGCCCUGGCGGCUGAGGCACUGCGUGUGGCCCGGGGACACCUGACCUGCCUCACAGGUGGAGGGGGCACUGAGGAGAUCCUGGACAUCAUCUUCCGGGACUUCUGCGUGGGCAAGUGAGGGGACUGCCCAGAGUCUUAGGGGACAGCUUGGUCCAGAUGGGGUUCCCAUUCACUCAAGGAAGAACCUGAUUCCAAAACAGUGAAGCAGGCCAGAUGCGGUGGCUCACACCUGUAAUCCCAGCAC